AUGGACACACCUAGGUCUGUACUUGCGGAUGGAGGCGGAACUGUAAAUGAUGUAAUUGCUAGUGCGGGCUCACAACAAAGGAGUAAAGUAUAUGCCAAUCAAAGGGUGCACAAUGACGCAACAUCAACUAAUUACAUAGAAUCUGAAGCCGAACUCGAAAGGGGUGCUAGUGAUGAUGAAGAGGAUGAAGAUGAUGAGGAAGAGUCACAGAACGCCCAAGAAUUCAAUAACAAGAGAAUUGUGCUCCAGCGUUUCACGAUAUACAACUCCUUGACUACGAUGUACAUUGUGGGUAGCAAUGCAAAAGAGAGUUUAUUUAGAAUUCUUGAAAUAUGUAAGGAUCCAAAUGACGAGACGAAAUUAGAUAUCAUAGAGGAUAAAAACUACUUCUACACCAGAAAAGAUAUGGUUGAGUUGAUCAAUGGAUUGAACGAGUCGGUGGAAGGUGGUAUUUACAAAACUGCUCGUGGAUAUGGUCUUCUUGGACUCAUAAAGUUUACUAAGGGUUACUAUUUGAGCUUGAUAACAAAAUGUAGCCAGGUAGCUAUACUAGGUGGGCAUUUCUUAUAUCAUGUUGAUGAAACAAAACUAAUCCCUCUUGAUAUCAAUUACAAACGUCCCGAUAAAUAUAGUGACGAAGAACGACUACUUUCCAUAUUUAAAUAUUUAGACUUGGGUAAGACGUUUUACUUUAGUUACUCAUAUGAUAUUACUAAUACGUUACAAACUAACUUCAUUCGUCAAAAGAAAUAUGCUGAAAAGUUUCAAUUCAAUCAAUCACAGGAUGUACCAGAAACUCCUGGACAAUUUGAUACUUUUGAUCAUAAUGAAAGAUUUGUUUGGAAUAAACUUUUAAUAGAUCCUGUAUUAUUGAAUCAAGAUAUUGCUACAUAUGAAUGGUUCCAGCCGAUUAUACAUGGGUUUAUUGACCAAGCAAAUAUAUCCAUAUAUGGAAAGAAAAUCUAUAUAACUAUAAUUGCAAGACGGUCACAUCAUUUUGCUGGAGCCAGAUUCUUGAAAAGAGGCGUAAAUGACAAGGGCAAUGUUGCCAAUGAGAUCGAGACGGAACAGAUAGUGUCUGACAUGCUUGUUUCAUCAUUCCAUGAUCCCAAAUAUGGUUUCUAUGGAAACCCCCGAUAUACUAGUUUCGUUCAACAUCGAGGAUCGAUACCACUAUAUUGGACUCAAGAUUUAAAUCGCCUUCCCAAACCUCCAAUAGAGAUUAAUUUAUCAGACCCAUUUUAUCAAAGCUCUGCUAUUCAUUUCAAUAAUUUAUUUGAAAGGUAUGGUCUGCCUGUUAUUGUUUUAAAUUUAAUAAAAACGAAGGAAAAAGUACCCAGAGAACUGAAAUUGAACGAGCAUUUUGUUAAUUGUGUAAAAUAUUUGAACCAAUUCUUACCGGAAGAGCAUAGAUUACAAAUGCAUUCAUUUGAUAUGUCUAAGCACUCCAAGAAGAACUUAGAUGUGAUUGGACCAUUACAAAGUAUUGCCGCUGAAUCAAUUAGUAGAACUGGUUUCUUCCAUAACGGAGUUGAUUUAGCAUCUACAAAGGUCCAAAAGGGGGUAUUGCGCACAAAUUGUAUUGACUGCCUCGAUAGAACAAACGCUGCUCAGUUCAUUGUAUGCAAAGAAGUACUUGUCCAUCAAUUAUCAAGCUUGGGAUUGAUCUCAAAGGAUAGGUCUCUUGAUUAUGACUCGGACUUGAUUAACAUUCUCACGGAAAUUUUUCAUGACCAUGGUGAUACCAUUGCAAUUCAAUAUGGAGGAUCGAACUUAGUAAAUACAAUGGACUCCUAUCGACGUAUUAACCAAUGGUCAUCUCAUACUAGAGAUAUGUUAAACAGUAUCAAACGUAUAUAUUCUAACUCAUUUAUGGAUCUGAUACGUCAAGAGGCUAUUAAUUUAUUUUUGGGGAACUAUUCAUAUGAUCCAAAUAAACCUAAACUUUGGGAAUUGCAGAAUGAUUUUUAUUUACAUAACGAUACUUUAAUCGAAGAUAUUCGAAUAAAAGUAAGCUAUGUACAUUGGUUUAAUGAUGUCUUUUUAAAAAGCUCGAGAUUUGAUUUACAACAAUAUCGCAAGGUGGAGAGUCAAUACGAUUCAAAGGUCCCUCUAUUAGAACCUUAUCCAGAUUAUAAUGAUAACUGGUUUAAUGAAUGCUAUGUCCCAAGAAAAUAUCAAUCGUUUACUGAAUUAUUUCAGUUUAAUAUGAAUUCAAAUGCUAGAUACUUUCCUUCAAACAUCAACAAUGGAUCUAAUACGUUUGAUUAUAGCCCUUUUGAGUCUAGAAAACCAUAUUUAAGACCUUCAAAGUCGAUUGAUGCACUUGGUGAACAACCUAAUGGAAAUGGAAAUGUGAAAUAUCUAGAAAGUUCACCCGAUGAUAGACAAGAUAUAAGUAUGCAUGACAUUGAGGAGGACGAAGGAGAGUAUGAAAGUAAAGGUGGCGGAGCUACUAAUAAAAGUCUUCUCCAGUCUAGACAAAGCUCAUCCACUUAUUUGAAUAUAACUCAUUCUAAUAAAAUCAAGAGCUUUUUAACAACAAAAAUUGAAAAAUUGGGAUAUAGUAGCAAACAGAGUGAAUCUUAUAGCGAAAAGUCAACCCAUACAUCCUAUUUAUCAACUCCGAGACUUGAAUAUAACUCAGUAUAUUCUAGAACAGAAAAUGGAACUUCAAUUUACCUGAAGGUUGCAGCUGAAGAUAAGAAACUCUAUAUGGAACAAUCUAGAUCUUCUAUAACAUUGCCAUCUAGUAAUUUACGAGAGCAUCAAAACCUUGAUUCAAAUAUAGAUACCAAACCUGCUGAUAAAAACAUUUAUGAUUACUAUACUAAUCGUUUAAUACAUGGCGGGGAUCUAGAGCCACACCGUAAAGAAUUAUAUGGUGUGCAAAAAUUGGAUAUCGAGGACGUUAAUAUAUAUAGUAACUAUCUUGGAGUCGAAGAAGAUGCUUUAUAUCUAUACCCUGAAGAUAACUAUUUUACUUAG